AUGGCGAUGGCGAAUCCCUCCGCGGCCGGUGCCCCAGGAAUCUGUAGCGACGCACUGUUCCGGGAGCUAUGGCAUGCUUGUGCCGGUCCGUUGAUCACAGUACCCAGACAAGGCGAACGAGUCUAUUACUUUCCCCAGGGUCAUAUGGAACAGCUUGAGGCAUCUACAAACCAGCAGCUUGACCAGUACCUGCCGAUGUUCAACCUACCAUCCAAAAUCCUAUGCAGCGUGGUCAACGUAGAGCUCCGGACGGAAGCUGAUUCAGAUGAAGUUUACGCUCAAAUUAUGCUGCAACCAGAGGCUAAUCAAGGUGAGCUCACAAGCUUGGGUCCUGAGCCAAAAGAACUCGAAAAAGGCACCAUACAUUCCUUUUGCAAGACACUGACAGCUUCGGAUACGAGUACCCAUGGUGGUUUCUCUGUUCUUAGGAGGCAUGCUGAAGAGUGUCUUCCUCCGCUGGACAUGUCUCAGAAUCCACCAUGUCAAGAACUGGUAGCCAAAGAUCUCCAUGGAACUGACUGGCAUUUUCGUCACAUAUUUCGGGGACAGCCUAGGCGACAUCUACUUACAACUGGCUGGAGUGUCUUUGUUAGCUCAAAAAGAUUGGUUGCUGGUGAUGCAUUUAUCUUUCUGAGAGGUGAAAAUGGUGAGUUGCGGGUUGGAGUAAGGAGGCAUAUGAGGCAAGUAAAUAACAUGCCAUCAUCUGUGAUAUCAAGCCACAGCAUGCAUCUUGGAGUCCUUGCAACAGCCUCCCAUGCAAUCUCCACUGGGACCCUCUUUUCUGUUUUCUAUAAACCCAGAACAAGUCAAUCUGAGUUUGUGGUGAGUGUUAACAAGUACCUUGAAGCGAAGAAGCAGAACAUUUCUGUUGGAAUGAGAUUUAAGAUGAAAUUUGAAGGCGAUGAAGCUCUUGAAAGAAGGUUCAGUGGAACAAUAAUUGGUAUUGGGAGCACGCCGACGGUGUCAACAUCUCUAUGGGCAGAUUCUGAUUGGAAAUCUCUGAAGGUCCAAUGGGAUGAGCCUUCAUCCAUUCUUCGUCCAGAUAGAGUUUCACCAUGGGAAUUGGAGCCACUGGAUGCAGCUAAUCCACAACCCCCUCAACCUCCACUGAGAAAUAAGCGUCCCCGACUUCCAGCUUCACCUUCUGUGGUUCCAGAACUUGCUCCAAAAUUUGGACUAUGGAAGUCCCCGGCUGAACCAAGCCAAACCCUCUCAUUUUCGGAGCCACAACAGGCUCGAGGGUUAUUUACUAAUUCACGCUUCUCAUCAUCAUCAAACGUUGCAUUCAAUCAGUUCUACUGGCCAGCAAGAGAAUCAAGAGAAGACUCUUAUGCUGGAAGUACUAACAAAGUCACUGUUGAAAGAAAGCUUGAACCAGCUGCUGGUGGUUGCAGAUUAUUUGGAAUUGAGAUAAGAUCUGCUGUGGAAGAAACACAACCCGUGCUAACUGUCUCAGGUGAUGGUUAUGACCAAACGGCUGCAUCUGUAGACGUGGACUCUGGCGAGCUCUCGCAGCCAUCCAAUAUGAACAACUCUGGUGCCCAAGCAGCAAGCAGUGAGCGUGCUCUUCUUGAGACCCAAAGUCGCCAAGUUAGAAGCUGCACAAAGGUAAUUAUGACAGGAAUGGCAGUUGGAAGAGCAGUGGACUUGACAAAGCUAUAUGGGUAUGUUGAUCUUCACCGCAAGUUGGAGGAGAUGUUUGAUAUACAGGGGGAGCUAUGUUCCACACUCAAGAAAUGGCAGGUUGUUUAUGCGGAUGAAGAGGAUGAUAUGAUGCUCGUUGGGGACGAUCCUUGGGACGAGUUUUGCAACAUGGCGAAAAGAAUUUACAUUUAUACAUAUGAGGAGGCCAAGCAGUUGGCACCAAAGGCCGCCAAGCUCAGCCGUGUGAACUCAUCACAUGAAUCGGCCACUCCGCAGAGUGGCUCAGACUACCCAGCCUCGUUUGCCAAUGCAGAUUGCUGA